ACCAGGAUUUAUUGUGGCUACGUGUUCAAAAGUGUAGUUCUUGAUUUUGAGCAGAACUCUCACUACAUGGCUUUUCAGAGCUUGCAGAUUGUUUUUUGUGAAAUGGUCCAAAGGAGACUUUUGGAAAGUGUGAUGUGCUCUUGUGCCUAUUUGCAGGCCAACUAUAAAUAGUCCAGCAGCCUACGCAUGCUCAUGUUUGAUUGGAAAUUGUCAGAGCCUUAAGUCAGUGCCUGGGGGUAUCAGUCAAACGAGGGAAAGGACCUGUAGACGCUCUUUUUUCACUUCUCUGGAAAGCCAAAAAGAAACAUAAACUUGUUUUUUUUCUCCUGGAGAACUUUUUUUUUCUGGACUAUACUUUUAUCUGUUGAACAAUGGGUUCACGGAGGAUAACGUCACGUGGCUCUUUUGGAAAUGGAAGGUCGAGCAGUGGGGAUGAAAGCAACGGUAACGGCCGAACUGGUAACUGCAGUUACCUCUCCAACGUGAGGCCAGAAAACAGGAGUACCCUCUGCAGUGUGAUGGCGCAGUUAACGGAGGAAACACAGCCAUCCUUUGAACUCACCCUCAAGUCCAAAGCUGUGUCUGAGAACUGCAAUGUGAAGUUCUCUUGUUUGGUUACUGGCCACCCAACUCCCCAAGUUAUUUGGUAUAAGGAUGAUAAGCAGUUAGACCGAUUUUGUGGAUUGCCUAAAUAUGAGAUAUUCCGCAAUGGACAAAACCAUUCCUUGCACAUUUACAAUUGCACUGUGGAUGAUGCAGCUAUAUAUCAGGCCUCAGCCAGCAAUAGUAAAGGUAUUGUGGCCUGUUCUGGAGUGCUUGAGGUGGGUGAGUUUAACGAGUAUAAGAUCCACCAGCGCUACUUUGGCAAGCUCAAACAGAAGGCUGAGAACAAACGCAGGGAAGUUGAAGGUAAAGAAAACCAGGAGCCGCUUCGAACCAUCAGUCCAGACCGCACGCAGAGGAAGAGGCGAUCCACAAUGGACGCCUUUCUUAGUGCACCAAGCUCCACUGAGGAUGAGAGCAAUGAGAUGAGCCCUCAGACAGUGGCUGUGGACACAGAGGCCAGGUUACAGGAGGCCGUGGCAGAGGAGGUGGAGCAAAAGCCUGCCCCCAUCAUUAAUGGAUCAGUGUCUGCUGUAACUAAUGGACAGGACAUAAGUGAAAACAUGAACAAGAGUGGGACAUACAUAUAUGACUCUCCCCAAAAGAUCUUCACAGCACACAAACCCAAAACUCCCUUUGUCAAAAAGAAGCUCAAAAUUUCCAGCAAUGCCAAAGUUGCAAAACCAGACACACCAGGAGAGAGGACAACUGAGGAGAGAAGGGCUGUAACAUCUGCACCUCGGCCCCUUAAAGAGCAAGUGCCACCUGAAAGAAAUUCAGAAGAGGUUAUGGAAGUAGAGAAUACUGUUUCUUCAUCAGCCGUGGAUUCAAACCACAGAAGAGUGAAGGAACAACCUCAGAAAUCAGAAACUGUGGAGGUAUUGCAUGCUGAAAGGCCUUCAGAGAAUAAAACUGUACCUGUUGAGAUAACAUUGCCUAAACACAAAGAACAGCUUACUUCUCCAGGAACUAAAGGGAGACAAGCUGCAAAGCAUGAGAAGGACACUGCAAGCAGGGAUAAGGAGAAAAAGUUGGAAAUGCAGAACAGAAGCCCUCAUUUUAACUCAGCACAACUACAGCAAAGUGCUGCAGAAGCAAAACAACAAAUCAGAAGUAAAGUUAAAGAGGACAUCUCUAAGACAGCACUUGUUUCACCAAUGGAUGUUGACAAGAAGUCAAGUACUUCAACUGGGGGAUCUGUAGCCCACAGAGACGUUCAGUCAACGAAUGCACCAUGUGAAAGCUCAACCAUUUUACCUCAGCGUCCAUGUAAACAGGUCGCAGAUCAGCUGUCUGAGACGGAAACAAGCCCCUGCCAAAAAAAUGUCUCUGUGUCUGGGCCAGGGCUGCCGAGUGAGGUUACACCGGCCCAUACAAAGAUGAACAGGAAUGACGCACCUGUCAUCCUUGAGCUCCCAUUCGCCCAGCUUACAAUGGAUGCACAACGAACACGAAAGACUCCAUCUGUAAAAGAGACAUUGACAGAUGACAUCCAGACCCAUUCUUUGCAAAGUGUUCCUCAAGCAGCUGCUGACAAAAUGACACAGGACACACAGGAUCAUACCAGGGGAUCAAAUGAGAGCCCUACGGUGCUUUAUACAGACCUACAGAAGUCAUCCCUCCAAAGCCCUGGUCAUGCUGAGAACUCCCGAGGGUGUAGCGUUUCUCCCAGCGCCAAGCAAAGCCAAGAUGAUACAGCCAUAAAAACUGUUGAAAGCACGGAGGCACAAGUUGAUGAGAAGGUAGAGGGUGAUGAGGUAGGUAGGUUAUCAGUGCAGUCUGACAGGUGGGCACCAAAGGAGAGGGUAGUUGAAAUGGAGACAGAAACUCCUGCUCUAAAUUCGACUGAGCAAUCAGUAGAGAUUACAGAGGCAGCAGAUCAGCAAACCGAUGUUAUUGUAAAUGCAGCUGGUAAAGAUAGUGAGAAGAAUGCUCCCAUGGCAAAACAUGUAGAGGAGAGUACUUCAGAAAUACCCAAUCUGAGCUCAGCUCUGCCACUCCAAACAAAAACCCAAGAAAACAAAAACGUUUGCCAACCACUGGGUCAUGAAUUCAAAGAAUUUCCAACGCCUGUUCCAAGAGUUAUAUCAAUAGCUGAGCUUCUGAGAUCACAAAUAAAGGCUCUUGAGUCCACUCUUGAGAGUUCAUUGAACACCAUACCGUUCCAUGCUGACAACGUGCAAGAUCACCCUGCUACUGACAGAUGUGAGGAGUUAAAACCAGAAGCCAGGAAGUCGGUGCCCGACAGGGGAACUGAGACUUACUUUGCUCCUCUCAGGAAUAUAAAGGAGACCCUAAUGGAGGUUUACUAUCAACUGAAUAAAACGGAUAAAGAACUUAUUGCAAGUCAGGUUGAAACUUCACCACCUUCUCAGAAUCUGAUCGUAAUCCCACCUAUGUCUGGGGAAGAAACUGGCACUACAUUAGAGACUGCAGGAGUUCAUGGUAGCGCCAGGGAAUAUAAUGAAUGCAUAAUGGACAUUUGCCCAGAAACUAAAGCAUCUGCUGUGGUUCCUCCAAAACAUUCCCCUGAUGUUUCCCUUUCAGGGAGUGAAAAUGUCAAUGUACCUCCUUUGCCUUCAAAUAGAUCAGUUUCAGAACUUUCUGAAGGUGUAACUCAAGAACCUGAGACUCCACUUAAAGUGACACCUAUAAAGUCUGGUAGUCAAGGGUCAAAUAUUACUGUUAUGGAGCAUGCUGAAGAUGAACCUGGUCUUAGAAAAGGCAUAGACGUCACACAAAGGUUAACUCCAGAGAUUAAACUCAGCAGCAAAACUGAAAGGGGGGUUAGUGAAAUAAUGUAUCCAACACCUUCAGAUCAAUACAAAAGUGAACAUCACAGUGCCAAAAAUAAUUCUUCUCCAAGUUUCUUAAGUGUGCCCAAUGAAAGUCUGCUUAGCACAAAUGCACAAGAGAAUAAUGUUCAACUUAUUUCCCAUAAUGGGGAUUCCUCAAGGACUGAUUCACUAGCCAGUCCAACUCCUGAAGCCAGUCCAUCAUUAAAGAGAAGAAACUGUGCUUCUCCCAUUCCCUCUGCCACGCCACAAGAGCUAGCCUCUGGGGCUAGACGCAAAAUCGCAUUACUCAAGGCCAAGCCUGAGGAGGCUAGAGACCCCACACCACCAGCUGAUUAUCAAAGCCCCAAAAAGGAAGUUUCCACACAGAGCAGCAGACUGUCCCCAAGUCCUGUGACCCUCUCUACGUCUCCGAGUCUUUCACGACGCUCACCUCUACUACAGCCACCUAGUGAGCCAUCCUCUCCUGCAGAAAGGCAUUCUCCGCUUUUCAGCAGGAAGAAGAUGGCACCUGAGACUCAAGCACCGACCCAGCAGCCCAAUCAGGAGAUACAAACCCCCAAAACUGAGGGGAAGCCAGCAGAGAAGGACAAGCGAGACCCAUUCAAAGCUCCUCAAGUUAUUCGUAAGAUCCGGGGGGAAACUUAUGCAGAGGCCUCCGGACAUUUGAAACUGUGGUGCCAGUUCUUUAACGUUCUUGGUGAUUCUACCAUCAAAUGGUCCAGAAACGAAGAGGGGAUUGCUCAGAUGAAAAGAAGUGCAGGGGAUGAAACUCAGGUCAGCCUUGCCAUUGUUCAGGCAUCAUGUAAAGACUCGGGUGUGUACGGAUGUACAAUCACAAAUGAAUAUGGGUCUGACUCCACAGACUAUCACCUCAGUGCAGAUCUGUUGGCUGGACUGUCUCUUCGUGAGGACCUUGGUGUUGGGGAAGAAAUCGAAAUGACACCCAUGAUAUUCAGCCGGGGUGUUGCUGAUUCUGGUGUCUGGGGUAACAAAUUAUUUGGCCGUAUAAUGAUGCAGGAAUCUCGUAUUGGUGAUGGAUGUUCACACAAAGUCUGGAGGGCAAAGGUCAUAUAUGGUCUGGAGCCUGUGUUCGAGUCUGGCAACACAUGUGUCAUUAAAGUAUGCAAUCCUAUUGCCUAUGGAGGCAAAGGAGAGAGCUGCCUCAUUGACAGGAACCUGGACAUUAUCAAGCAGGAGUGUAAAAUUCAGAACCUGGCUCGUGAGUACUGCAAGAUCUUCUCCGCAGAGGCAAGAGUGAACGAACAUUUUGGUCCCUGUCUUGAGGUGAUUCCAGUCUACUUGAUGUAUCGCCCAGCAAACACUGUCCCAUACAACAUAGUGCAAGCUGAUCUGACAGGAGACUAUCAGAAAUACUUUGUCCUGGAUCAUACGGGCAGACUCCAUAUGAAGACAGGAUCUGAGGUGGAGCGGAAGUGCUGUACCCUGCAGCAUUGGAUCUAUCAGUGGACAAAUGGCAAUCUGCUCCUCACUCGGCUAGAGGGUGUUGACACCAAGAUCACCAGUGUUGGAAUUUCAGUGAAAUCAACAGGGCAUCUGUCUCUCUCUGUGGAAGGGAAUCCUAAAGUUUUUGAGCAGUUUGUCUCACAACACCAGUGUAACUACUUCUGUGGUCUUCUUGGCCUGAAGUCACUAAAAGUCAUAGACUCUUUGUUGAUGCCAGCGAAACCUAAAGGCUCCAGGAGCCCAUUACUUCAACGCAAAACGGCAGCUGGAUCCUCCAGCCCUCAGACGGUCCGUAAAGCAUCUGGCAGCCCCAGAAUGCCCAGGAAGAGUGAACAAGAGGGCAGAAACACCCCCACUCAGCAAAACGCUACUGAGGCACCCAAAGCUGUUCAGAUGGAGUAGAGUACUUACCACUCAUAAGACAUGAGAGAUUACAGAUUUCCUCAAAGGAGCAGAAUCUGAUCACUAUGCUGAUAAAUGCUAUUGCUUGUCUUCAGAAUGAAGUAAUGAAGUGAUUUAUUGUUGUUUAUAAAUCUGAUGAAAAAAUGCUCAGGAGUAACUGAGAGAAAGACAAAAGAAGCUAUAGAACCAUUCAGAGAGCAAGAAAGAGAUUCAUGAAUGUUACGCCUUUUUUGAUUUAACAGCCACCAUUCCUUGUCGUAAUCACUUGCUGUGUAUUGCUGCCUUCACAUGUUGUGGUGAUUAUGUGUUUUACAUUCAACAAAUCAUAUGUUGAGAGUACAGUGUAUAGUGAGUAGUCACUUCCCUGGGUUUGUAUUCUACCAAUCCAUGAACCAUUGCAGGUCACAGAUUGUGAAUCCUAAUCUCAGGUCAGUGUAUUUUUCCUAAAUGAAUGUGCAACAGAAAAUCUUGUGAACUCAAGUGGCAUUGUAUGUAGGCUAUGUGUCAAGUGAAGUAAAUCAUGACAUGAAUACAGAGUAAGUCCCGGGGGUACAGCACUUCUGAAGAAGAAAACAACCUUUUAUUUUACAAGCCAAAUGUAGCGUCACAUGACACUGUUGUACAGUGGCUAAUGGUGCUGUGCUUUUAUUUUGUAACCUGUCAUGUUUACUUGCUACUCUACAUUGCACUGCAUUUUUAGAAACGGCACUUUUGCCUGACUGCUGGCUGUAAAAUAAAAGAUAAUAUUUCACCA